AUGUCUAGAGACGACGUCGGCGCGCUGGUUCCCGCGCUGGCGCCCGCUCCCGCUCCCGCUCCGGGUCAGGUCUACCUGCCGGCGUGGCGCCGCGCGUACGACCGCCUGGUGAAGAUGCUGCGCCAGGCGUACAGGCAGGCCGAGGAGCUCUCCGUCGAGCGCGAGCACCUCAUCACCGAGAUCGAGUUCCUGCAGAGCAGCCGCCGCGAGCGCGAGGAGAUCUACCAGGCCCGCAUCCAGAAGAUCUAUAAGGACCAGGAGCUCCGCAAGAGAGUCGCUGAUGCUGAGACGGCGGUGAGUAUUGGUGGCAAGGAGCUUCAGAUUCACUGCUACCAGAACCUUGCAGAGCUUGCUGAGGAUGAUUUGGAGGACUUCAAAAGUUGUAUUUCGAAUUUGGCUGCUGAAAAUACUGAGCUGAAGGAAAAACUGAAGAAGCUUGAAAGUCAGGUGGAGAUCAGUACCGACAAUUCAGAUCACCAGAAAAGUGGGAAAGAUAUUAGGGAAGAGAUAAGGAAACUAAAGAAAGCUUACAAGAUCCUGAAAUCAGAGAAGGACAAGGAAAUUUCAGAAUUACAAGCAGGAAAUAAAUUUGUGUGGAACCAGCUUAGGACAAUGGAAGAAGAUUACAGUGGGACUAUGAAGAGCAAGAACAUAGAGGUAAAGCAGGCUACUGAGGCAGCACAAAAGAAGGAUGAUGAAAUCGUUAGACUACAAGUAGAGGUGACAAAUGCCAAAGAGAGGAUGUCAAUUCUUGAGGAUGAGCUGCAAAAAUUGCGCUCCUUGGUCAAGGGCAAGGAUCUUGAAACUGAUAAAAAUGAAGAUGGUCAACCAGAGACUAGUAGGAUGUCGAAGAAGGAUACUAAUAAGGCAAACAGAAAAUCUAAGUCUACAAGAACUUCCCAGGUCACACCUGAUAUAUCAAGAACUUACCAGGUCACACCUGAUAGGCGAGAAGUGAAGACUACUACAAGAAUGCGUGCGUCUGAGACUAAUCAGAAGCGCAAGCGUAGCUCCUUAAAGUCCUCCCUGUCGUGUGCUUCAUGA